AGAGGCAAGGCCAGCACCGAGUCUGCCAACUUUCACUGAAGCCAGCUUCAACUUUCACUGAAGCCAGCCUUCUCUCUCUCUCUCCACCAUGCAGAUCUCUGCCGCGCUUCUGUGUGUGCUGCUCACAGCUGCUGCUUUCACCGUGCACGUGUGGGCCCAACCAGAUGGGACCAAUUCAUCCACUUGCUGCUAUGUCAAGAAACAAAAGAUUCCCAAGAGGAAUCUCAAGAGUUACAGAAAGAUCACCAGUAGUCGGUGUCCCUGGGAAGCUGUUAUCUUCAAGACCAAAAAGGGCAUGGAAGUCUGUGCUGAAGCCCAUCAGAAGUGGGUUGAGGAGGCCAUAGCAUACUUAGACAUGAAAACUUCAACUCCAAAGCCCUGAAGACAGAUGCCUGAACAGAAACCAACCCUGAAGUCAAGAAGCAAAAUUCCUCACCCUUGUCCUUUCUGAGAACUGUGCUGAAAUGGGUGGACUACGGUCCUAAGGGGUAGGAACGGUCUGUAGGAAUGUGAAAUAGUCGCUCCUAAGGAAUGGUCUUUAAGUUAUUAAUAUUUUUAUUUAAUUUGCCAUGUACUUUGGUGUGAUUUGAAUGUAAAGCCCUGGAGACCUCAUGUCACUUUAAUGUUGUGUUACCUGCAGAAUUCUUCCCCCGCCCCAUUGACUUUGUUCCUGUAUUAUGUAGGGACAUUGCAAGAAUCAGUGCAAAUAUUUUAUUUAAAAAUGUUUAGGACAAAAUCAUAAUGUUAUGAUACUGUGGGAUGUUUAAAUGUAUGACUACUGAAGUUUCAUAUAAAAUGUAUUUUUGC